GGCAACACUGAUGGUUGUUAAGUGAAAAAGCAUAAAAAACUAUUAAUUUCAUUGUAUAUGUUGAGCAUUGAAGAAACGUGGGUGAAGAACAAGUUCGACGACAUUUGUUCAAUGGGAUCUGCAGUCGAAAACAACCCGAAUAAUCAGAAACAGAUUUCGAAUCCUAGGAACGGAGGCGGUGGGAACAACAAGAAGGUUAACCGUCGUCGGCAAGUAGGGCCGCCGUUUAUUCCUUUUAACCCACAAAACAUGAGGCCGAGGCCUGGUUUCCCGCGGAUGCAACCUCCAGGUAUGAGACCGAUGGGACCACCACCAGGUAUUCGUCCGCCGCCACCUUCGAUGCGAGGCAUUCGUCCUCCACCUAGAAUGGGUCCUCGCGGACUUCCAGGCAUGAGACCACCAGCAAUGGGAAUGAGACCGCCUCCUCCAGGUAUGAGACCGCCGCCGCCUCAUAUGAUGCGUCCUAUGAUGCCUCCUCCAUCCAUGCUUCCACCCGGUGGAAGACAUCCGCGUGGCUUCCGCGGUCCGAGAGGCCCGGUUCAAAAUAUGAGACGUGUUCACGAUGGCCGCGUCCAUAAAAAACCCAAAAAACGAUUCGCUCAGUUCGAUCUGGAUAAACCGUGGGUGAGUGUUGAACUCAAAGAGGAUCAGAAAAAGAAGGAAGAGCUGCUGACUUCGGCAAAAUCCACUGGAAAACAAGAAGUCUGGGAUGCUUACAAGGAGGCCAGAGAUGCUUUCUCAAAGAAGUACUUGGCAGCUAAACAGGAGUACGAUGAACAGCAUCCAGGGGAGGAAGAAACAGUUGAAGAGGAGGGCGGUAUUUCAGAUGAUAAUGCAUGUGCUGAUGGCCCGCAGAAUAGUGAUGAGGAUGACCAUAAUUGUGAUGAAAUGAAUAAUUAUUAUGAUGAUUGUGAUAAUAGUAAUUACUAUAAUGACGAAAGUGAAACUUGUUUUGAUGAUAACACAGACGGCAAUAGUGUUGUUAAAGACGAAUCAUUUUAUUGUGAGAGUUGUGACAGAGAAUUCUUUAAUACACAUUCUUAUAGCAUUCAUUUAUCACAACAUCAAACCUGUGGUAUUGAUGGAUGCAAAUUUAUAGCACACGAAAAAAUUAUUGCGGUCCACAUAAGACUGCAGCAUUCUUCUGGGUUGUACGACAAGAUUAGGAAUGUUUCAACUCCCGAAGAUAUCGAAAAAUGGAUAGCCGAGAGGAAAAAGCGUUUUCCAUCGAAAGAAAAUAUCGAACAGAGAUAUAAGAAGCAGGAAGAGAUGUUGAAGAGGGGGGAGCGGAUACUGGACAAAAAGAAGAGAUUCCCUGAUAAAACCGUAUUAGCAAAGAAAAAGCCUAUUAAAAAGAAGAGGAAAAAAAAUGUAUCGAUUAAACGUACUAGCUUAAUUGAUGAAAAAGCCGAUUGGAAUGGAGAAAUGUUUCCUUUCAAAGGGACUAAAGAAUUGUAUGCCAAGGAUGAGGACAGUUCCUCAGCGUCCGAAGAGUUAUACGAUGACGAUGAAUGGAACGGAGCUACGACCUCUAACAAACAACCGGAAAAAGUAGUUCUAAGUAAUGCGUUGGGUUCGAUUAUGGGCGCAUACGCUUCUGGGUCAGAGUCAGAUCCAACAGAAACUAUAGAAGAAACGCCAAUAGCAAGUGAACCAACUACAUCCGUGGAACCACAAGACGCAGUAUUUGAGAUGCCCAAGCAGGAAAGAGUCAAAAAAGAACAUAAAGGAAAUCGAAAGAGAAAACGAAAUGUUACAAAGGAAGAGAAGACCCAAGUUCCUAAUGCCGCUGAAGUUCUCUCUAAUAGAAAAUACAGAAAGCGGAGGGAAACGCUGCUUGAGAAGUUGUUGAGUAAAGAAAUCAAACACGAACGUAAUGUGUUGCUACAAUGCGUCCGUUAUGUAAUCAACAACAAUUUCUUUGAUAAACCUAUCAAAAACAUAGAAUAUGAUCAUGCCGAGAAACCGGAAACGAUGACAUGCGAAGCAUCGGAACCGGACGUGAUUUAAUGUUAAUUGUUAUAUAUUUCAGUCUGGUCAAUAUGUAAAUAUUUAAAUAAAAGUUGUUAUUCACGUGCAUAUGUUUUCUUUCUGUGUAUUUCUCGAGUAUUGCGGGGGAACGGUGCCAAGAAAUGUCAGAUGUGUAUUGGAACAAUCAUUUAAAAAUAAUGCGUGCAUAUGAUAUUGCAAGGCCGGCCGUCCAGAAUAUUUAAAGAAUGAGAAGGUAGAAAAGUUUUAAAUCAUCGAGUAAUCGUACUACCGACGCACCUGUACCACGGAAUAAAUUUGAAUCAUCAUCGUCUGCACACGGAACCCAGAAUUU